AUGGCGAGGAGGGAGUUCAUGUCCACUACUCAGGUGCUGAUGGUAGUGUUUCUUGUAUUUUUCAUGUUUCAAAGCAAAGUGGCUUCCAGGAUUGGCAUGGGUUGUACUCUUGCUUGUCAUGUUGAUGAAGGAACAAGAACACAAGAGCAUGCAGAUACGGAAGAUGAUUCAGGAGAUGAAAAUGGACAAGGAGAUUAUGAUUACUACAGAAGUAUAGUCAAGGGGUUCGUUCCAUCGAGUCCACUUUUUGGAAACUCACUCUCUUUAUAUCUCUGGGGCAUACCUGGUCUGCAAUUGUGUGGACAUAUUCCUAAGAAAGUCCCUCGAUUAUUUUCACAAGUCUCAGGAGAUGAAUCUGAAGAUUCUCCUAGUGCGAAAAGGAUGGUGCCACGCCUCCAUUGUGUUGUUAUUCAUGGGAAACUCACAGUCUAUGACUAUCUGCAGAACUCCCCUCCGACAGAGCCAAAACCCCAUCUAGUCAAAGAGGCGAGGGAAGCUCUGUUGAGGCAUCUCACAUCUAUUCUUGGCAAUGAUGGGGUAGCAGCUCAUUUCAUGUUGUUGCAUCUUCUGUCUAGGGUACAUGCCAGAGCAGAUAAUGUUGCUGUUGGGAAGCUUUCUUUGAACCUUACAUUAGCAAAGAGAUGGCAUCUAUAUUCAGCACUAAACCAAGUAUUGUCAUCAAGAAUCUUCUUCCCUUCGCAAAAUGCAUACCUCUGACUGUGGAAUAUCUCAACACAGCUUCUCUUGCUCCCAAAAAGGAUUAUCAAAUAAAUAGGUAGUGAAUUUAUAAAUUUUGCUUCUGCAAAUCUGUUGUCCUUUACAUAGUAUGUUAAAUUGGAACCACCAAUCUCUGGAAUGUCCCGUUUGAUUAUUUGUGCCCUUCUCCUAGGAGGGUGACUUCCCGUUGUAAUCAUUUCUUUGAAUUAAAAAGGCCUACUCGUAAUAUGUUAG